CAGUCGUUCAACAGUGAAUACAUACAUUAAAACUUAACUGAGCCACGCAACUCGUUUACAAAAUGAAAAUUAAUUUGCUUCUACUUUGUUUGUAUUACGUUCCGGUGGUAUAUUGCAAGGUCAACGAUGGUACUAUACUUCAGCUCAAGGAUUUGACUUUCGACCUGAUCCGUGGUUUCAUGAGCUUCGAAAUGAGCUUAAACGAAUGGGAAGCGAUGAAAGCCCAACGUAUAAAUUUCAAGGGCAAAGAACAGUCCAUAAGAAUCGAUGUAAAGAGGGAAUUGCAAAAUUUCGUGAACACCCACAAAUUCGUUCCAAAGGCUGAUGAACUGGAAGAGAUUCAAGCAAUAAUUUAUGGCGCCUACCAUUGUACCACAAAGCGAUACGCCACGUUAAUAUCAUACUUGCAACUUAAAGACCUACGGCAAUUCAUAGACGAUCUGAGCAGGGCCAAGACCAAAGUUUUGAACAGACACCACGAUGAGGUCAACGAAGAGUCCGUUUACGGUAGUAAAUAUCUUACGGAGGAAUUCGAGGAACUCGGAAUCAAAUACCCCCUGGACUUCCUAAUACAGAGCCCUCGUGGCGAAUUUGGUGUGAAAACUAUGGGUGAAUAUAUACGGACUGGCGAGAAGAAGGUAAAAACAGUUUGGGAGUCGAUCUUAAAAAAAGAACCGAAAUUCGAAAUCUAUUACGACAUCUUCGUCGACGUGGUUAGUUCGAAAAAUCCUAAUUACAAGUCUGGAACGGUACACGGCGAUUUAUUAGAAAUUGUAACUGUUUUCAACGAGUUAAUCCGAUUAGUCGAUAACUCGAUCGUAGACCAAUGCUCGCCACAUAACAACAGUUUCGUCAGAGGUUUCGGGUCUUUGAGUGGAGAAAUCAAUGAAGCGUUCGAACAGUUAUUACUUGAGUUGGACGCAUUGCACGAAGACGAUGUCGGCUCGAAGUUUUACACUGAUUUUUCAAGUCCCGUAAGCCCCGUAAGCCCCGAAAGCCCAAAAGAAGGGGAAGGGGAAAAGAAAAAUGAAGAUAUUAUUGAAAUAGAAAACAUACGAGGUUCGGGAUGUUUCCUAAAACAACUGAAAUUCACUAUUAACCAUUUAGAAAAAAACCACACGAACACUGAAAAUGCUAAAGCUAUUUAUGGACUAAACAAAAGACGGAUUUCAAAAAAAUUAGUAGUUUUUGCUAAAAUGCCCAAUAAAACCGGAAACACAAAAGAUGAGAGUUCAAAAGAGUUUGUCACAGAGAAGAGUUGUUUGUUUUAUACCAUCACCAUAGAUAAAACGGCCGUACAAGAAGAUAAUCUAUUAUUGAUAGAAGAAGCGAAGGAGGAGCCAGUUAAUUUGGAGAUGGUCGUAAGUGCACCGCCAGCACCAACACGAAUAAACGAUGCUGAUUUUAUGGCCAGUUUCCUAGCAUCCGAGAUUUUUCCUACAACUAAUUUUGAUACAGCUCUUGUUCCUACUACUGAUUAUAAUAUUACUCCUGAUUCGCCUUCUCCUUCAACUACGACAUCUCAACCUAUAAUGCCUCCAUCUGAUCCCAACAACCUAAUAAUGUUAUAAUUUUAAUAUCACAUAAUACAUACUUUCCCAAAAUACUAAAAAUUAUGUAAAAUUGAGGCACAAUCAAAUUGUUCACAUUAAUGUUAAACAUUUUAAAAUUAUUUAGAACCUAUUUAAAUAUUUGCUGUAAAAGUUAGUUUUAUUUUUGUGCCUAAUUGAUAUUCAGAAAUAAAUGUCAUAUUUAUUAAAACACAUAUUAUACGUAUUA